AUGUCUGAUGAUAGUAGUGAUGAUGGGACGGUGCCACCAACACCACCAAAAACAACAAAUAGGUUGAAUGUUGUGUUAUUCAGGAGAAGACAAAUAGAAGAACAUGAGGAAUUCCCCAGUUCAUCCAACAGUUGUAAUGAGAAAUCACAUGCGUUAAUCAUGAAGAAUAGAAAACUAGAGAGAGACAGUAGAGAAGUAAAAAGAAAGCACAGAGACCAAAUAUAUGUCAGUGACUCAAGUAGCAACAACGAUAAAAGUUCUAUUGAACCAAAGAGAAAGAAUAGAAAAAGUGUUAAAGAAGAGAUCACUGAGAGGAUCCUUAAUCAUAGAAAGUCUGUAGCACCAGAAAGAGAGAGCAGAGCAGUGAAAAGAAAACACAGAGACCAAAUAUAUGUCAGUGACUCAAGUAGCAACAACGAUAAAAGUUCUAUAGAACCAAAGAGAAAGACUAGAAAAAGUGUUAAAGAAGAGAUCACUGUAAGGAUCCUUAAUCAUAGAAAGUCUGUAGCACCAGAAAGAGAGAGCAGAGCAGUGAAAAGAAAACACAGAGACCAAAUAUAUGUCAGUGACUCAAGUAGCAACAACGAUAAAAGUUCUAUGGAACCAAAGAGAAAAACUAGAAAAAGUGUUAAAGAAGAGAUAACUGAGAGGAUCCUUAAUCAUAGAAAGUCUGUAGCACCAGAAAGAGAGAGCAGAGCAGUGAAAAGAAAACACAGAGACCAAAUAUAUGUCAGUGACUCAAGUAGCAACAACGAUAAAAGUUCUAUGGAACCAAAGAGAAAGAAUAGAAAAAGUGUUAAAGAAGAGAUCACUGAGAGGAUCCUUAAUCAUAGAAAGUCUGUAGUACCAGAAAGAGAGAGCAGAGCAGUGAAAAGAAAACACAGAGACCAAAUUUAUGUCAGUGACUCAAGUAGCAACAACGAUAAAAGUUCUAUGGAACCAAAGAGAAAGAAUAGAAAAAGUGUUAAAGAAGAGAUCACUGAGAGGAUCCUUAAUCAUAGAAAGUCUGUAGCACCAGAAAGAGAGAGCAGAGCAGUGAAAAGAAAACACAGAGACCAAAUAUAUGUCAGUGACUCAAGUAGCAACAACGAUAAAAGUUCCAUGGAACCAAAGAGAAAGACUAAAAAAAGUGUUAAAGAAGAGAUCACUGAGAGGAUCCUUAAUCAUAGAAAGUCUGUAGCACCAGAAAGAGAGAGCAGAGCAGUGAAAAGAAAACACAGAGACCGAAUAUAUGUCAGAAAAUCAAGUAGAAAGAACGAUGAAGGUUCUAUUGAAUCAAAAAGAAAAACUAGAAAAAGUGUUAAAGAAGAGAAAUUUGAGAGGACCUUUAAUGAUAGAAAGAAUAAGAAAACAGUGAGGAAAAGUAUGACUUGCGAAGAAUGUGGAGUUACAACCAAAAACAUUUGGAGACAUAUGAUAAACUCACACGAGACGAACUACACGAAACGGGAAGACGAUGUGGCAACAUCGGGAGGAUAUGUUACAUAUAUCUGUCCGGCACCAAAAAAAGUGGCCCCUACAUGA